AGUAUAUAUCUAGAGUGGAGUAGUAUAUACGUAGCGGUAGUGGAAUUAGUAGUAAGUGUGAAUUUACGUAAAAUUAAAGUAUAUAUGUUGAAGGUUGAGGAUGUGGAGGUGGAGGAGGAGGGAGGAGGAGGAGGGAAGGGGUGGCCGCGGCUGUGCGAGGGAUGCCGGUCGGCGCCGAGUGCGGUGUACUGCCGGGCGGACGCCGCCACCCUCUGUGCCGCCUGCGACGCCGACGUCCACUCCGCCAACCCCCUCGCCCGCCGCCACCACCGCAUCCCCCUCCUCCCCCCCACUCCCCCCUCCGCCGCCGCCCUCAUCGUCCUCCCCGGAAUCGCCGCCUCCUCGCGCUACGCGUACUCUAAGGCCGAGGAGGGGAUCGGCGCUGACGACCACGACAACGACAGCAGCGCCCACGAGGAGGCCUCGUCGUGGCUCCUCGUCGAAGACGUGGACGUCGACGUCGNCCGGAGGAGGGAAGGGGUGGCCGCGGCUGUGCGACGGAUGCCGGUCGGCGCCGAGUGCGGUGUACUGCCGGGCGGACGCCGCCACCCUCUGCGCCACCUGCGACACCGCAUCCCCCUCCUCCCCCCCACUCCCCCCUCCGCCGCCGCCCUCAUCGUCCUCCCUGGAAUCGCCGCCUCCUCGCGCUACGCGUACUCUAAGGCCGAGGAGGGGAUCGGCGCCGACGACCACGACAACGACAGCAGCGCCCACGAGGAGGCCUCGUCGUGGCUCCUCGUCGAAGACGUCGACGUCGACGUCGUCGACGAGUUCCUCGACCUGCAGGGCGAGAACGGAGACGACGACGACGACCACGGCCGAGAUCGCCGCAGCCACCGCCGCGAGGAGAAGAGAAAGGAAUUGAGCUGUGAGAUCAUGUUGGUGCCAAACGAAAAUCAACAACAGCAGGAGGAGGAAGAGGAGGAGGGGGAGAUGAAGGGUGGUUACCAUCAUCUUCUUCUUCAUCAUCAUCAUGAUUAUCAUCAUCAGAUGGAUCAGAUGGUGUAUGAGGGGCCCACCACAAGCACUGCAGGGUUCAUGGGCUACGAAGCUCCUUCGCUCAACCACAGCGUCUCAAUGUCCUCACUGGAAGCAAGUGUGGUGCCAGAAAGCACUGCAGCAGACAUCUCAAACCCCUACUUCCGGCCGUCGUCGUCGAAGGGGACCAUCGACCUCUUCGCGGCGGCAGCGGCGGCGGUGGCAGCUCCCGGUCACAUGACAGCACAGUUCAUCACCUUGGAUCGAGAGGCGCGACUCCUUCGGUACCGGGAGAAGCGCAAGGCGCGCAGGUUCGAGAAGACGAUACGGUACGCGUCAAGGAAGGCGUACGCGGAAACGCGCCCGCGGAUCAAGGGCCGCUUCGCCAAGCGGUCGGAAGUCGAGCUAGAGGUCGACCAGUUCUUCUCCGCCGCCGCGUUGGCGGAUUCGAGCUACGGCAUUGUGCCCUCAUUCUAGUGAUGCACAAUACAAAAGCCAUGAUCUUUAUAUAUAGAUGAAACUUGUGGAUUGUGUCAGUACUGUUUUUUGUUAUGAUCAUGUUGUGUUGACAACUUGUUUGUUUUGCAAUUCCCUUAAAUUCUAGGGAACUAUAAGGCUUCACAAGUAAUAUUGUUUCUUCCUUUUUAUCUCUAGAACAUGUGAAACAACCGUUGUACUCUAAAAAUUUAAACUGUUAGAGAACGGUAUUUAUAUAUUUUUAUAUUUAACA